GUCUUGUGUAGAGUUUUUGGGCGGCUCUAUGUGUACAUUGCAGAUAAAAGAUAAAAACUUUUUUCAAAUUCGAAUAUUGUAAUUUCUUAAUUGACGAAUACUUACCGUUUUGCGUUUAUGGCCUCAUCACUUGGUUUGAAAAUGCGUGAAGUUUUGAGAACACGCCUUUCUUAUUUGCUUGGGUCUGACCAAGAUAGACUCUCUAUUGAAGAGCCAAAUGCAUAUCUUGAUCCCACCGUCGAUCAAAGCAUUUUAUAUUUGGAUAUGGCAAAAUGGUUUCCCAACUCUCUUCAGUUGCUACCGAAUGUUACUAGCUAUUGCUUAAAAGAAAGUCAACCGUCUAAGGAUUCAAUUUUUCCAGAUGCUGAGAUGAAGCGUUUAACUCAGUUUUUAAAAAAAGAUCGAACUGUAGGUAUUGAACAUCAGGCAGCGAUGCCACCUCCACCGAGAGUUUCUCAACUUAGAAAAGAGGCGGCUAAAAAACGUGCUAUGACAGCAGGAAAAGAUUGGUAUAAUUUAAGUCAGCCAGUCAUGACAGAAGAGUUGAAACAAGAACUUGCAAUUGCAGAAAUGGCACAUUAUGCUGAUCCUAAAAGAAUGAAAAAGGCGAAUGCCAAAUACAGUGGCAGCAAAUUCUUUGAAGUGGGCACAGUCGUUGCACCAGCCUCUGAUUUUUACAGUGAUCCAGUGUCCAGCUCGAGCAGUGGAGUACCCAAAUCAAAAUCAACAUUGGGAUUUGCGGAUACAAUUUUACAUGAUCAAGAAUCGAGGCAAUUUAUCAAGCGUAAGCUGCGGCAAUUGCGUGAAAAGAAAGCCAAAAAUUGGCGAUUACAACCAUGGCAAAAAAAGCAUUAGUUUUUUAUGCACGCCCUGAGAUGGACAUUACUUUGACAAUCACAGUGGAAGCAACUAAACUAAGUUCAAAGUUCGACAGAGGACAGCCAACGGUAGGCAAAUUUUGAAGAGCUUGAAACAAGCUACUCUUUUAAUAGCCCAAAAUGUAAUUUUAUAG